UUACCAAUUCUCUCUGUAUCUCAUCUCUUACAUUGCAUGUCUCCAUCUUCACAUAAUGGAAGAAGAAGAGAAUAAAGAGGUUCAUAUGAAACCUUCAUUUAAUUUCUUCUCCAUUUUCAUUCUUAUAAUUUUUUUAUUUACACCCUCCAAUUCUGAUUCUACCACCAUUGAUCAUUCUUUAUCACCUUAUGUCAAUUACCUUAUUGAUUGUGGCUCUUCCACCAAAACUCAACUAAUAGAUGGUAGAAUCUUCAAAUCUGAUCGAGAAACCACUUCUUUUCUUUCAACAACCGAAGAUAUUCAAGUUUCAGUUGAUUUCAUUAACAUAAACCUCCCUCCUUCAUUGCCGCCUUCAUCAUUGCCUUUGUAUCAAACUGCAAGAGUUUUCACAGAACAAUCAUCAUACACUUUUUACAUUUCCAAAACUGGUAGACUUUGGAUUCGUCUUUACUUCUUUCCUAUUUCUAACCCUUCUUACAAUCUAACAAGUUUUGUUUUCUCUGUUUAUACGGAUCACUUUGUACUCUUGCAUGAAUUCUCUCAUAGUAAUAACAAUUCACUUGUUUUCAAGGAAUAUCUUGUUAAUGUUUCUGAUACUAGAUUCUCUCUCAAGUUCAUACCAAAAAAAAAGUCCUUUGCAUUCAUCAAUGCCAUUGAAAUUGUUUCAGCUCCUGAUACACUUAUAUCAGAUUCAGCAACUCAAGUUUCACCACUUGGAGAAUUCAAUGGUUUGACGAAAUCAGCUCUGCAAGUAUCUUAUAGAAUAAAUGUUGGUGGCCCCACCAUAACUCCUGAUGGUGACACCUUGUCAAGAACAUGGGAACCUGAUGAUUCAUAUAACAUUUUCCCACAAGGCUCUUCCAAUGUUUCGGUCCCCAAGAAACGGAUAAAGUAUCCACAAGAUAGCGUCGUAACUGUAACACCCUUAAUUGCUCCAAACUCAGUUUAUGCAAGUGGUGUACAGAUGAAGGAAUCAAGACUUCUGCAACCAGAUUUCAAUCUAAGUUGGAUGGUGAAUGUUGAAAGGAGCUAUUCCUAUCUGAUAAGAAUGCAUUUUUGUGACAUUGUUAGCAAAAGUCUUGAUCAAUUAUAUUUCAAUGUAUACAUCAAUGGGAUUGAGGUUGUGGAAGCUUUGGACCUUUCAUCUGAAACCAAAGCCUUAUCAACAGCUGUUUACAAGGACUUUGUGCUUGGUUCAUGUAAUAUCACAAAUGGUUCCAUCUUGAUUCAAGUAGGACCAACUUAUCUUCAACAAAGUACAACCAACGCAAUUUUGAAUGGAUUUGAGGUGAUGAAAAUGAGCAAUAGUGCCAAUAGUUUGGAUGGUUUUUUCUCUGUUGAUGGAAAAUAUAAAGGACCAAGUGUAACAUCCAACGUAAUGAAAAUUGUUGCUAUUGCUGGUUUGGUAUUGGCUGUGAUAUCAUUGUUGUUACUAGUAGUGAUGUAUAUUAGGUGGUUAAAAAGACCUUUAGAUUGGAAAGAAAGUAGAGGUUUCUCUUCAUGGCUCUUACCUCUUUGUCCAAAAUCUAAAAAAAGUUGCAGUGCAAACGCAAAUGCAUUUGAUUCACCUAAGAAUAAGCAUGGUGGUCAUGAUGUUCAUCACUCUCCAAGAGGGACAGGAAGGUUCUUUCAUUUCAUCGAAUUGCAACGAGCUACAGAUAAUUUUGAUGAAAAGAGAGUGAUUGGUUAUGGAGGAUUUGGUAAAGUGUACCUUGGGACAUUGGAUGAUGGAACAAAUGUUGCUGUAAAAAGAGGAGGUGGUGGUUCUGAGCAAGGAAUAAAUGAGUUCAGAACCGAACUAAAGAUGCUUUCUAAGCUGCGACAUCGCCACCUAGUUUCACUAAUAGGUUUCUGUGAUGAAAACUCAGAGAUGGUUCUUGUAUACGAUUACAUGUCUAAUGGCCCUUUUCGCUCGCACCUUUAUAACUCCAACUUUUCUCCUUUGUCAUGGCAAAAGAGGCUUGAAAUAUGCAUUGGCGCUGCUCGUGGUUUGCAUUAUCUCCAUACAGGUGCAUCUCAAAGUAUCAUACACCGUGACGUGAAGACAACAAAUAUACUCUUGGAUGAGAAUUAUGUUGCCAAGGUUUCUGAUUUUGGUUUAUCUAAAGCUAUACAAGAUAAAUCUCAAAUAAGCACUGCUGUUAAGGGAAGUUUUGGAUACCUAGAUCCUGAAUAUUAUAGGAGCCAACAACUGACUCAAAAAUCGGAUAUAUACUCAUUUGGUGUAGUCCUCUUUGAGGUAUUAUGUGCUAGGCCAGUUGUUUCUCCGACAUUGCCAAGAGAACAAGCUAACUUGGCUGAUUGGGUACUGCAACAAUAUAGCAGAGAUAAGCUUCAUAAGCUGAUUGAUCAAAAUAUUGCAGAUACUAUAAGUCCUGAAUCAUACAAGAUUUUUGUACAAAUUGGUGUGAAAUGUUUGGCUGAUCAUGGAGUUGAUAGGCCUAGUAUGGGUGAUGUGUUGUGGCAUUUGGAACAUGCUUUACAACAACAGUUAGCUUCAUCACAUAUUGAUACUAUACCUAUAGAUAACAACACAAAUUCACAUAUUCAUGCUACACCUAUAGAUAGCAACACAAAUUCAUAUGCUAUUCAACAUGCAAAUGAAAUUGACAGAAAUUAUGAUAACCUACAUGGUGUUACAAGUGAUGAGUCUGAUAGCACAACUCCUAAUUCUGAUUUGUUUUCUCUGAUUGGUAAUUUCCAAGGAAGGUGAAGUUGGAGAUAGGAAAUACUAUUAGGUUUAGAGGUUAAAUAUUACACCUUGUUUCAUCUUAAAUGACUUGGAUUUUUUGUAUUAGUCCUUAUUGCUACAAAUAUUGGGAUAACCAAAUGUGGCAUGUAGUAACCUCUAGGAGAUAGCCAGAUAUUAAUUUGAUAGUAUUGGUCAGAGAGAUAAAAAAAAGAAAAGUGUGGAAAAUCAUGGAUGUAUCUUAAGAGUAUAUUUUGUUCUAGUUACAGAUUAUUAGCCUCUAAUUGGAUGUCAUAGUAAAAGUAGUUUCCAAUGACAAA